UAAGGUAAUCAGUUUCAAAGGCAAUGAAUCGCCUUUGAAAUAAUUAUGGUAUCACUAUGUACUCGAAGUUAUCUCACUGGACCGCACAGUUCCCAGAAACUUAUGAGCACUCAGUGGUUGACUAGUAAUAGAGAACCCCCUGCAUUGCUGGCUACUGAAAGCUAUCGUCAGUUGUGUGUAAAAUUCGGAGCGUGGCGGACAUAUAGGGUCUGAUUUCAGUUUAAUCGCGGAAAUGGUGUGGAUAACGCCGGAUCAAGUAUAACAACAACGGAAAAUACUAGAAAAAUAUAAUUUAUUGUAAUAAAAUCAUCGAUUUGUUGUAUAUGUUAAUGGAAAACUUCGUUUUCGGUUAGUGUCAAUUCUAACAUGACGAACAUUAAAUAUGAACUUGUUCCAAAUGAGGAGCGAGAACCAAGCGAAAAGAAACCUUCAAAUUGGAUAGUAAAAAUAUUAUUUAUAAGCUUGGUGCUUUUAACCUUGGCAAUUUAUACCUUGAGCUGCGCAGAUAAUCCGCUGAAGAACAGUGCAGCUCCUUUUUCCCCUUGGAGACCCAUGCGACUCUCUGUGGGAUCAGGUUGGACCAAUAAUCCGGGCAAUUUUUCGAGUCUUUUGGAUGUAUUAUAUAAAAUUCGUAGUCUGGGAGAGGUGAAACAGACGGAGACUGCCGAAGCAAGCCAUAGUAAAGUAACAGAUACUGAGAGCUCCACCGAGGAUCAAACCGAAAGAAGUACCAUCGCGCACACGGACAGAGUCUUAGAAAUUAGCACCUCACUACCAGUUACUGGAUAUUCGAAAACAGAGACCUUAUAUGCAUUAGAAUCUAAUGGAAAAAAGUACUUCGUCAACAGCCCGCAGUGCCAAAUGGGCCACCCCAAUCCCUUCGCCAGCAACAUCCAGCAUAUCUACAAAAAACAUUCCUAUAUUGUGUGUGACAAAAGUCCCGACAUGAUCACAGUGAUCUUCAAUGAAACGGACAGCACCUACAGGCUGCAUAAGAUCGAAAACUCCACCUGCUGCUUCAAACAGAUCCUUCGAGCAGGAUCUUCAACCAAUGCGGACCAUCAGUACAAGUUGCGUCCCUGCGUUGAGUUUCAGCAGGACCUCUUGGUGCCAACGGAAGUGACUGCCAUGAUCACCUAUUGCCGCCGGCAUCCAUUUGAUAAGGUGUCGCAAAAGGACGCCUUCAGUUUUGUGCAUCCUCGGAAGGAUCAGAUCAAUAAUCGUACAUCUCUGCAUAAAAGAAGACCCAGUGUUUUGCUGUGGGGUAUUGAUUCCAUUUCACGAAUGACUCUUGAGCUAACGAUGCCCCGGAUGUACGAGUAUUUGAACAGUCAGCAUUGGUUCGAGCUUCAGGGAUACAAUAAGAUGGGUGACAACACGUUUCCAAAUCUGAUGGCCAUUCUCACGGGAUUUAACAAAACCUAUGCGAACGCUCGGUGCCAUCCUGAUAAGGUGCGUGGUCUGGAUGAAUGUCCCUUUAUUUGGAAGGACUUCAAGGACAAAGGAUACACAACUGCCUUCGCCGAGGACUGGAGCAAGUACUCCACAUUUGACUACUCAAGCAAGGGCUUUUACAAUCCACCGACAGACGUGUACGGCAGACCACUGGUCCUGGCCGUGGAGGAGGAGCUAAGGAUGACACAGCGGGGUCAAAUGCCCUACUGCUUGGGGCGCAAGCCGGCUUCCGAGUACAUCUAUGACCUGGGCGUCCAGUUCACCAUGGUCAACCGGAACAGCACCUUCUUUGGCAUGUUCUGGACCAACACAUUCAGCCACAAUGACUUUUCUAUGCCCUCCGCCAUGGAUGAAAGAUUGGUGAAGUACAUGCGGACGUUGGACAAAAACGGCAUAAUGGAUAACACCAUCAUCAUCUUCUUCAGCGAUCAUGGAGCCAGGUUUGGACCAUUGAGGAAAUUGAAUAGCGGUUUCGUGGAAGAACGGUUGCCCUUCAUAUAUAUCCGUGUUCCGCGUUGGAUUCGUGAGAAGUACCCGAAGCUCCUGCGCAACCUGCAGGUAAAUAGGAAUCGCCUCGCAUCACCAUAUGAUAUCCAUGCCACCCUAAGACACAUCCUGGAGUUGGACACGCCGAAGGAUAAGCUUCCUCGCCCUGAGGGCUGCUCCACCUGCCACAGCGUUUUCGAGGAGGUGGACUGGUCGAGGAAUUGCUCGCAGGCCGGGAUCGAGGAGCACUGGUGCACGUGUGACAGCCUCUCCGAAGUGUCCACAACAGAUUCCAGUGCCAAGAGCAUGUCCACCCAGCUGGUGGAGUCCAUCAACAAAUAUGUAGCCAGCAAAAAAGGAGCGGAACGGUGCCGACGGUUGAAACUGAGCCGAAUAUUCUCAGUCCAGAGAAGAGGGAACUCUAAUAGGUAUCUUAUCCAGUUGAGUGUCCAGCCGGGUGACGCCCUCUUCGAGGCCACCGUGGAGUGGGAUGCCAGUGCCCGAAGGAUUCCCGAUCAGAUGCCCAGCAUCAGUCGGUUAAACACUUACGCCGGAAUGUCGGGAUGCUCGUCGGUUAAGGAGACCAGAAAGUACUGCAUCUGCUGAGUUCCAACUCUAAACUCUGGACAACCGCAAGACCGCACAAAAAAGGACUCGCUACUGUAAUCUGUCGGAUCUCAGAGCCUUUGUUCUCCUGAGGUAUGGCAUCCUAUCUCUGGGGUGGAUCUGAGGCCGGAUAGUUAGAUGCUGGCAUCUACUUUGGCAAAGUAAUUGCAGCUUGGCAAAUUGUGCGAAUGGAAAAUUAGUUGACAAUUACAUGACAAUUGGCAGAUACUCGGGUAAUUGUCCAGUGAUUAGAAAAAGAUACUGGCUCCAAUGAACCAAAAUCUUUGCAAGUAUUUAUUAAGCUAGUUGUAACAUCCGCUUAAACAAUAUACAGUAAG